GGCUGACAGAGGCCCACGUCCCGCUGCGUCCGCGUCCAGAAGCGCCUGAACCCGGAGCGCUCCCGGCGCGCGACGGCUCGGAACCUGGUCGGGUCGCACCAUAGGAGGUGGUGUUUCGUGAGAGAUGACUCUCCGGGAGGAGGCUGGCUGUUGUGUCUCUGUGGCGCAAUUGGUUAGCGCGUUCGGCUGUUAACCGAAAGGAAGCUCUGGAGAGAAGCCAGGCCAUUGCGUAGACACAAUUCUCUUCCAUCAAGAGAGCUCCUCCUGAGAAAACACCCCACUGGAGGCUGGGAUGCAGCAAGCCUCAGAGAAGAAGGGAGCUGACGAGAGAGGAGGGAACACACCCAAGACCCAGCCCGCAGAAGCAGGGUUCUCCUCCGUGUCCCAUACUAGGAAUUGUCCUUCCUUGAUCCAGGAUCAGGUUCAAGAGUUGAUCCACCUGCAGCAGAAGAUGAGGAUAGGGAAAGUUGUCUCUUCUCAUCUCAUCCAGCAUGUCAAGAACACAAUUAAGAACUUCGAGGAGCUCCUCAGUAGGAGUAAAAUUGACCACUACAUGGAGCAGCACUUCAUUGAGCAGCUGGCCAAGGGCCGACAGUUGGCAGAGAGCCUCGCCAGCAAAUUCAGCACAGAUGACUAUACAACAAAGAAGAAUCAAGCAAAACAGAUGCAACGGACCCUCUGUAUUCUAAGGGACAUGCAGAAGAAGAGUAAAGCCCCAGAAGUCCUGGAGCCCAAACAGGAUGCCCAGCCCCAGAUUAGCUCCAGCAGCCAGGCCCAGCCUGCCAGGCCACCCGCCUCCCUGCUGCCUGCUGAGCCGGAAGCGCCCCCUGUGGGGGACGUGGCCAGUGUCGGCCGGGCCGCUCCUGCCGGGUCAGCGUCAUUGCCCCGUGACCGCUCGGGAGCCGCAGCGGCUCAGCCCUUCUAUGGCUGGAGCAACGCCGCCCAGGGGAGCAGGACACCGGAAACUGGGUGCCAGCGCAGCAGCGGCCCAUGGGAUGAGAUGAGGCCUCAGAAAAUGAAUGCAUCUGGAGACCUGUCCUCCUUCUCCUCUCUGUAUCGACCCAGCUCCAAGCCCUCCGGGGCCGACCUGCUGGAAAAGAAUCUUGCUGAGAUCCAGAACUUGCGCCAGCGCCUGGAGGAGUCGGUCUGCCUCAACGACCGCCUGCGGGAGAGGCUGCAGCUCGUGCUCAGCAAUGAGGACCAAGGAAAAGGUGCUGCGCAGCCAGGGACAGAUGUCUUCCCUCAUUCACACACACAGGGUCACGCUUCUGGCUUUGGUCAGGAUGUCCUGUGACAUGAGGCCUGGAGGACCUAGAGGAAUGUUCUCCAGAACUUUGCCAGCCCUAAACAACAGUAUUCUGGAGGCACCAAACAUCAUCUUUAAAUGGAUGGUUCAAAUAAAUAAAUUAUC